AUCAUUGAUCGUGCCUAGUUGCCUGAUAUUCACUUUCUUGAAUUAUGUAAAAAUAGAUAAUUAUUUCAACAAAAUAUAUUAUAAAGAUUUUUAAUGCAAAUAAUAAUUUAUAUUUAUUUUAAAACAUAUUAUAACAUAUUGUCGUCUUUGUUCUUAAACAAAAUUAUUAAUGAAUCAUUUUGAAUAUUCGAGAAUAAAUCGUUUAAUAAAAUAUUACAAAAUAUUAAAAUAUUAAAAUAUUAUACAAUUAUAAAAACAUUAUUAAUAUUUUUUUUUUAAAUAAAAGUAACUAAUUUUUUUUAUAUUAUUAUAUAAAAUAAAAUAAGACUAUAAUUCAUAAUACAUUUAUAAAAAUGUUAUUAAUAAAGAACAUGAGAUAACUAUUUGUUUAUAGAAAAUGUUUAAUAUAUAAUAAAAAUUCAGAAAAUGACAUAAAAAAGUAAUUAAUAUUAAUUUUAUAAAAUAAUUACUAUAAAACAACUAAAUAAUAUUCAUAUAUAAUUUCAUUUUAAUUUCAUCUUUUUAAUGUAUAUAUCAAAUCUAUUUUUGCACUAUGCAAGUGUAUCUUAACAUGUGUUUAAUGAAAAAUAUAAUUCAGAAUCCUAAAAAUAAUUAUUUAUUAAAUGUAAUAAAAAAUACUGUAAACAUAAAAAAAUAAUCUAUAUACAUGACAUUAAUUAUUAUUACACUUAAAUUUCAUAUAUAUAUAUAUUGAAUAUACAUAUAUAUAUAUUCAAAUGUUAGUCUCAUUUUUCAUAUUUAUCACAUAAUCAUCUUUUCUCAAUUCUUAGCUUGGAGGUAUCGCGAUGUUUCUAGACAUGUGUAGCCAUGUCGUCAUUUCCGGUCACUACGUAAAUACACUCAAAAGACAUUACUGUUAUUAUAUUUUAUACAUAAAUUAUUAUUAAUACAAUAUAUUGAAUAUAUUUUAAAUUCAUUUUAUGAAUUUUGAAAACAUUUUUUUUUAAAUGUUAUGCUAAGAAUUAUUAAUAAAUAUUGAUUAUAACAACAUUUUUGAUAGAAUGUUCUAGAAAUCGGGCGUGCUUCCGGCAGGUGCCUUCUAGAAUUUUCAAAGCUCGAUAAAAGCGGCCCCUGCGCGCCAGUAUUCAAUACUCUGAAAAGUGACGGCGCGAGAGACUGAUCUCUGAGAGUGACGCGAAGCUACAUUUCCUCUGCGGUUGUACGUGCGAUUAUACGUGCGAUACAUUCUCAACGUUUGUGUGAAGAAAUUUAUUUUAAAUAAAUAAACUUCUGUGUUUUAUUAUCUGAUUAAUUAAAUACAUUGUGAAAAGAUGCCGGAGGACGUCACCAUGGCUAAUGCCGGAGAGGUUGAAACUUUCGCUUUCCAAGCUGAAAUUGCACAAUUGAUGAGUUUAAUUAUUAAUACAUUUUAUUCCAAUAAAGAAAUCUUUAUUCGAGAAUUGAUUUCGAAUGCAUCUGAUGCAUUAGACAAAAUUCGCUAUGAAUCUCUCACGGAUCCAUCUAAAUUGGAUACGUGUAAGGAAUUAUUUAUUAAAAUUGUUCCUAAUAAAAAUGAUCGUACUUUAACCAUACUCGAUUCUGGUAUUGGUAUGACAAAAGCUGAUCUUGUGAACAAUUUGGGUACCAUUGCUAAAUCUGGUACAAAAGCAUUUAUGGAAGCUCUUCAAGCUGGUGCAGAUAUUUCUAUGAUAGGUCAGUUUGGUGUAGGUUUUUAUUCUGCUUAUCUUGUAGCAGAUAAAGUUGUUGUAAUUUCGAAACACAAUGAUGAUGAACAAUAUGUAUGGGAAUCUUCUGCUGGUGGUUCUUUCACUGUCCGUCCUGACAAUGGAGAACCAAUUGGAAGAGGUACCAAAAUUAUUUUACACAUUAAAGAAGAUCAAACUGAAUAUUUGGAAGAAUCUAAAAUCAAAGAAAUUGUCAAAAAGCAUUCUCAAUUUAUUGGUUAUCCAAUUAAACUUGUUGUUGAGAAGGAAAGAGACAAAGAAUUAAGUGAAGAUGAAGAAGAGGAAGAAGAACCUGCAAAGGAAGAAGGUGAAGAUACAGGUAAACCUAAAAUUGAAGAAGUUGGAGAAGAUGAAGAUGAAGACAAACCUAAAGAUGAGAAGAAGAAAAAGAAGAAAACUAUUAAAGAAAAAUAUACUGAGGAUGAGGAGCUAAAUAAGACAAAGCCAAUCUGGACAAGAAAUCCAGAUGAUAUUUCUCAAGAAGAAUAUGGUGAAUUUUAUAAGAGUUUAACAAAUGAUUGGGAAGAUCAUUUAGCUGUCAAACAUUUCUCAGUUGAAGGUCAAUUGGAAUUCCGUGCAUUGCUUUUCAUUCCGCGACGUGCACCUUUUGAUCUUUUUGAAAAUAAGAAAAGAAAGAAUAACAUCAAAUUAUAUGUACGUAGAGUCUUCAUUAUGGAUAAUUGUGAAGAUCUUAUUCCAGAAUAUCUUAAUUUCAUUAAGGGUGUAGUUGAUAGUGAAGAUCUUCCAUUGAAUAUUUCUCGUGAAAUGUUACAACAAAAUAAAAUCCUUAAAGUCAUCAGAAAGAAUCUUGUCAAGAAAUGCUUAGAAUUAUUUGAAGAAUUAUCCGAAGAUAAGGAAAGCUAUAAAAAAUGCUAUGAACAAUUUAGUAAGAAUAUAAAAUUAGGUAUUCAUGAAGACAGUCAAAAUAGGAAGAAACUGUCAGAAUUACUUAGAUAUCAUACAUCUGCAUCUGGAGAUGAAAUGUGUUCAUUAAAGGAUUAUGUUGGAAGAAUGAAAGAAAAUCAAAAACACAUUUACUAUAUUACUGGUGAAAGCAGAGAACAAGUAGCCAAUAGUUCAUUUGUAGAAAGGGUUAAGAAGCGUGGCUUUGAAGUAGUAUACAUGACGGAACCCAUUGAUGAAUAUGUUGUACAACAAUUGAAGGAGUUUGAUGGCAAACAGUUGGUCUCUGUAACAAAAGAGGGUUUGGAACUUCCAGAAGAUGAAGAAGAAAAGAAAAAACGUGAGGAAGACAAAGCCAAGUUCGAGAAUCUCUGUAAAGUUAUGAAAGAUAUUUUGGACAAAAAAGUAGAAAAAGUUGUAGUAUCCAACAGGUUAGUUGAUUCUCCGUGCUGUAUUGUUACAUCACAAUAUGGGUGGACUGCAAAUAUGGAAAGAAUUAUGAAAGCUCAAGCUCUUCGAGAUGCAUCCACUAUGGGAUAUAUGGCUGCCAAGAAGCAUUUAGAAAUCAAUCCAGAUCAUCCAAUUAUGGAAAAUUUGAGGCAAAAAGCUGAAGCUGACAAACAUGAUAAGUCUGUGAAAGAUUUAGUCAUGCUUCUUUUUGAGACAGCUUUGUUGUCUUCUGGCUUUGCCCUUGAAGAUCCACAAGUACAUGCUUCCAGAAUAUAUAGAAUGAUUAAACUUGGUCUUGGUUUUGAUGAUGAUGACACACCAAAUGUAGAGGAUGAAAAAAUGGAUACAGAAGUUCCUCCACUAGAAGAUGACACAGAAGAAGCAUCUAGGAUGGAAGAAGUAGAUUAAGACUUCUACUGUUUAAAAUUAUUUAAUUAAAUCCAAAGACUUCUAGGAUGUAGAAAGACUGUUACAAAUUAAUUCUACUUAAGUACUGAACUUUUGUUUUUGUCUUUCUAUAUGUGACAGAAUGAAGUGCCAUGCUUCUCUUAAGUAUUGCAUAUUGCUAAUUCUGUAUUUAUUUGAUAAAUAUGAGAUGAAGUAUAGAUGUUUUGUGCAUUCCUUAAGUAGUGCUAUAUCUUUAAAUCAAGCCUGCCACUUGAUUCUGUCUCUAAAUUCUUUUUUAUGACAUCAUUUUCAUGUGUCUGCAUUGUCAUUUUAGUUUUUUUGCACUUGUACAUCAUUACGAUUUCAUUUCGCAUUUUCAUCAUUCCAUUUUGAAAUCGUCAUGUAGUCCGAUAAAAAAUUAAAAUCGUUAUAAACAGUUUUGUGCGUAAUAAAACCUUACACAUAAAA